AAAUGGAUGGAUGGGCGCAUUGAUCUUUAGGGAGGACAGAAAAGGGCGCACGCAUUAAUCCGUGGCUUGUCCAGUUAGAGAUAGGGCCAGAAGCCAUUCACCGCACGUGUAAUCCUGCAGACAAGUCAGAAAACGCGUGUGCACUGUCCUCACUGAUAUUUGGAAGAUGCCAUCACUUUUGGGAGGAAUUGACAUUCAUAGCAUACAUCCACUUCAAACCAAAGCUAAAACUUAGGUGGUAUAAUAAAAGAUGUUACCACUUUCAUUGCUCAAUGCAGCAAAAGGGAAACCAAUCUUGGUCGAAUUGAAAAAUGGAGAGACAUUCAAUGGACAUUUGGACAAUUGCGAUGCAUUCAUGAAUCUAACAUUAACAGAAGUAUAUCAAACCAGUAGUACCGGAGAACAAUUUUGGAAAUUACCAGAAUGUUACAUCCGAGGAAGUUCUGUGAAAUAUUGUCGAAUGGCAGACGCAUUGGUGGAUACUGUACGUGAAGCAGAAGAAGAAGCAAGAAAACAAAGACAAAGAACGCAAACCGGACAUAAUCAAGGAGGCGGUCGUGGUAAUCGAGGUGGACAGGGUCAAUUCAGAGGUGGUCAAAGAGGUGGACAUGGUGGAGGAAGAGGUGGAGCACAACAAGGCGGUGGAAGGGGGAGAUAAAUUGUAUGUUCUAACUCAUCUUGUACAGCAACUUUUACGGUCUCAAUGUACUUUUUUUUGACGAGCAGCAUU